UCAGAUAGACUAGGGGGACAGGCACAGGCAGGGUGGUGGUGUGUGUUCCUUCCUGCUUAUAUCCCUCCAUUUCUGGAGACUCAACACAGCUCUUAGCACAGUAAAAGACUUUCAAAAUCACCCUCUAAAGCUCCUGUUUCUGCAAACACAGCCUGCACAGGCUAAGAGAGUCACUUAAAAAAAUGGCGUCAGAGGAUGGUUUCAGCUACCUGAUGCCAGGCCACAGUGAGAAACACAGACGGGCCCCGAACUGGACUGAUGGCGAAAUGAAAGCCCUCCUGUACGUGUGGGAGGAACACCACAACGAGUUGAAAAUGAGCAAGAGGAACGCUAAGGUUUACGAGAAGAUGUCCCAGCGGUUCUUCCAGCUGACUGGAGAGCAGCGCUUCAAGGAAGAGAUCAAGAUGAAAAUCACCAAUAUGUCUUUUCAGUACAGGCGACUGAAAGCCACAGCCGGCGAAGGCGGGGAGAUGCCAGAUUGGCCUUACUACAAGGCCAUAGAGAAGAUCCUCUCCAAGCCGCUGGAGAACGGCAGGGUGAACUCUUUAGAGUUUCAGGCCUCCACAGCGGGUCCGUCCACUUCCUCCCAGUCCACAGACAACCUGGUGCCCCAGUCAGAGGAGGGGCUGAUGGGAUUCUUGCCAGAGUACACAGGCUCCUCAGACGAGAUGGAAAUCAAACAGGAGCUGGACUCGUUGAGCUCUGACAGUGAGCACACACAGGGCUCCAGCUCCCAUCCUAUUUCAGCCAGAAAGAGGAAGGCCAGCAAGCACCUGUCCUUGAAGAGAAAGAAACUGCGAGUCUUGCAGGCCAUGCUGCAGCAACAGAAGAGGUCGAGCCGAGCCAUGGAGGAGACGUGCAGGGAGGUCCGUCGAGCCAUGCACCAACAGAACCUCCUCCAGGUCCAGUGCCUGCAGCUGCAGGAGCGAAUGAUGAACCUCCUGGAGAAGAUGAUCCAGCUUCCUGCCACUACGUCAGCCCCAUGGGGUCAGAGCGGGGUGAAGGAUCCAGGAAAACCAUAAAGCAUGGCAGGAGUGGGAAGUUAUUUCUUUUAUUUUUUUUGGGAGAUGUCAUGGCAUUGCCUCACCUAUAGCCUUGUUGAACAAAAAAGUAUUUUAUUUUGGCAUUCGAGGUUUAUCCUAUUGCGUGUAAAGCUCUCAUCAGUGCAGAAAUGGUAGAGACAGGCACAAAAAUAGGCUUUUACCGUUUCUGGAGGAAUGUCAUUUGUAGAAGAUGAACAUGUUAUUAAUACCUGUAAUGACAUUUGUUGGCACUUUAGCAUUUACUGUAAUUCAGGCUCCAAUGUGCGUCUUAAUUUUAGGAAUAGCUGUGUAAGAUUUUUCUUGAUAAUUUGCCAAGUA